AUGGAUCUGUUGAGAAGGCCUAAUGCUAAUAUGGCCUUGUUGCUUCUUAGUAUUUUAUUCAUCAAAACUUGCAACAACCAUAACUACUUGGCUCUGGCCUCGCCUUCCGGAGGCGUCAUGGGAGGGAGUUUCUUUGACGAUUCGGAUUCUUCGUCCUCGCAAUCAUCUUUGAAUGAUCAUUCACAUUAUCAACAUUAUGAUUCUUCUCAACCUUCUGUUGAUGAUAACACUCCAAGUAACAAUGAUGAUGGAGGGGUUCCAAGCGUGUUUCUAUUCUUCAUGUUUGGUUUGGUUUUGGUUGGAUUAUGUAAACACAGAAAUGGAAAUGCAAUUUCUGUGAUCAAGAUUCAGGUUGCAAUGUUAGGUGGGAAGAAGGGAAGCUCAAUACAAAGGGAUCUAACUAGGAUUGCCCAAGCUGCAGAUACAUCUUCUCCAGAAGAGACAAUAUUAGCUUUGCAUCAGAAUCCUGGUUACUGUAUUUCAGGAUAUUCAUAUGUGGAUCUUAAGCUGAGUAGGGAAGAUGGAGAGAAAUGCUUCACUCAAUUAUCACAUGAAGAGAGAGCCAAAUUUGACAAAGAGACAUUAGUCAACUUUAAUGGCAAAGAGAAGAUUAGUACAAGAAACCAGAGUGCUAAUGUGUUCAUCAAUGAUGAUGAGUACACAUUGUUGGAUGAGGAAAAGAAACCUGAAGAAGAGAAGAAACUACUUCUCAAUGGGUUUGGGAAUGAGUUCAUAGUGAUAACAAUUUUGGUAGCUGCUAAAGGAACACAUAAGCUUCCAAGUAUCAAUGGAGCUGAAGAUUUGAAGAGAACAUUACAAAAGCUUAGAUCCCUUCUAUCAAAACACUUACUAGCUGGGGAGGUGCUAUGGACUCCACAAAAAGAUGAUGACACACUUUCUGAAGAGGAACUAAUUGAAGAUUACCCAAAAUUAGCAAAGUCCAUGGGAAAUUUUCUGGCUAAGAAAAAGGAAUAA